CUCCGCCCACUCCUUUCCACGCGUGUUUGGAGCCCGGAGCAGACAGCAUGGCCUCUUCAGCCAAACGGAGAGCGGUGGGUUUGGGUGAAAACCCCGAGGACAGGGAGCACAGCUCGGAGGAGGAGUCCGAGGAGGACGGGGACUCCGGAGAGGAGGACAGCGAAGAUUCAGAAGAGGAAAUCAACGAGGAGGUCGUCGUGGACUUCGAGGCCCACGGCAUCACACACAACGACUUCAACGGGAUAAAGAAGCUCCUACAGCAGCUGUUUUUAAAAGCCCACGUAAACACAUCAGAACUGACUGACAUCAUCAUUCAGCAGAACCACAUCGGGAGUGUCGUCAGGCAAGCCGAGGUUCCAGAGGACAGUGACGACGAGGAUCCAGAUGAAGUGUUUGGAUUCAUCUCCAUGAUAAACCUCACAGAGAGAAAGGGCGUGCAGUGCGUGGAGGAGCUGAAGGAGCUGGUUCUGGAGCAGGCCCAGAGGAGCAGCAGUGAGGCCGACUGCGAGCGUCUGGAGAAGAUUCUGUCAGACCCGGGGAAGUCUGUGGGUCUCCUGCUGAGCGAGAGGUUCAUCAACGUCCCUCCACAGAUCGCUCUGCCCCUCCACAAACAACUGCAAGAGGAGAUGGCGGAGGCGGAGCGCACAAACAAACCGAGCGGGCGCUGUCACUACUGCCUCAUGAUCAGCAAAACCUGUAAAGAAACGUCUAAAACCAUCUCCAGAUCUGGACCCAGAGCGCCCCCUAAAGACGAGCUCAUGUUUGUGAACGCAGAGGAGGAGUUCUUCUACGAGCACGCCGUCCUGAAGUUCCAUUACUCUGUGGAGGAGGAGGCCGACUCGUGUCUGAGCGGACGCUGGUCCUUCGACGACGUUCCCAUGAAGCCGUUCAGGACGGUGAUGCUGGUGCCCAGUGAGAAGCUCCCGGCCGUUAUGGACAAGCUGAAGGAGUACCUCACCGUCUGACACAAUAAAGGACUCUACAAACACACAGUUACUCUCAGUCUCACCACAGAGGAACUUUUUAUUAUAUUUAAUUUUUAUAUAUAGUCAUUGGGUUCAGUUUAAUAUUUUUUGAGGACUUUUUUCGAUUCAAAAGCUAUAUAUACUGGAAGCCCAAUAUUUCACAAGUAGAUUCAUAAUUAUAAUGAAACCACUGAGUUUAAGAUUUAAAUAAAAACUUGAUAUAAAAUAAUAAAAUGUAAUGAGACCGUUUGGCUUGUGUUAAAGAUUCUGAAAUGAACCAGUUUGUAAUGUUACUAAAAAAAAAAGUCUCAGUGAUCACAAGUGCUAAGUUUGGACUCUGGCUGUUUCCUGAAUGAAACUAAACACAAACCGCUGUUAUUAAAACUAUUUUCACAGAAA